AUGGCGGUCACGGACAGGGAGAAGGAGGAAGACUGGUACGACCGCGAGAUCAGGUUCGACGUGCGACCGGCUCAGCUGGAGCUGAGGAGAGGAGAGUUCACCAUCGACACGAUGGACUCGGUGGAGGACACGAAGGGGAACAACGGAGAGGCUGGUAUCCUGCACGUCACCAACCUCAGGAUGAUGUGGCUAUCAAAGUCGUCUCAUAGGACCAACCUGAGCAUCGGCUAUGGCUGCAUCGUCAACAUCAACAUCCGCACGGCGAACUCGCGGCUCAAGGGCCAGACGCAGGCUCUUUUCGUGCUGACCAAGUUCAACGGCAGCCGCUUCGAGUUCAUCUUCACGAACCUCGCCAAGGAGAGCCCCAGGCUCUUCACAACGGUGCAAGCUGUGUUCAGAGCGUACGACACCUCCAAGCUCUACCGCGACCUGAAGCUGCGAGGAGCGGUGAUCAAGGACAAGGAGCUGAUCUUGCUCCCCGAGGAGAAGAUCUUCAACAAGAUUCCUGGUGUUUGGAACCUCAGCGCAGAUCAGGGCAACCUUGGAACUUUCUUCCUUACCAACGUGAGGAUCGUGUGGUUUGCCAACCUUGCGGAGAACUUCAACGUUAGCAUCCCUUACAUACAGAUAAAAAACAUCAAGGUGCGAGAGUCAAAGUUUGGUCCAGCACUUGUCAUUCACACGAAACAACGGAGCGGGUCAUACGUGCUCGGAUUCCGGGUAGAUCCUCCGGUUCCGAAACUUGCCAUCGUCAUGAAGGAGAUCACUUCUUUGUAUGAGACCUAUUCCACUGAGCCCAUCUAUGGUGUGCAGUACAUCGUCGAGGAGCAGGCUCCGAAGCUGAAGGACCUGCAAGUCCAGCGGGUGGUCGACGACGUGGAAAUCAUCGACAACGAUGAAGCCAACUAUGACGCUCUUGCUGCCUACUGCACCGACGGGUCACAGGGAGUUGACAGAGAUCCUGUAUACAAUGACCAUCUCGGUCUUGCCGUCGAAACGUUGCCGGAAAAUCUCACCAUCGAGCAACUUUGGAGUGUUUUGUGA